AUGUUCAUAUGAGGAAUUAUCGUGAAUCUUCAGAGGAAAAUACUAGAGUCAAAGAUAUACUGCAUGAAUUACAAGGAAUAUGUUUGCAUGAAGAGCACUUUAAAACAGUAAAAGAAUUAAAGAAAGACACGCAGGCAAUUCUGAACAGUUUAUCAGUUUACAAAGAGGUUGUUAAAAUGAACAGACAAGUUACGAAUGACAUAAAAUGGAUCAUGAAAGAAUCACAUGGAGAAAAGGAAGUUUCUAGAAUACUCGGACUUUUAACACAGGAUGUCAAAGGAAUAUGUGGCAUGACAAUUGCAAAGGACUGCACUGACGUUCAGAAGACAACACAGAAUUCAGGAGUUUACAAGAUAUAUCCAGAUAAAUCUGGAGGUGUAAAGGCUUAUUGUGAUAUGGCUCCUGAAACUGGUGGUGGUUGGACGGUCAUUCAGAGGAGAUAUGAUGGAUCUGUAAACUUUCAAAGAACAUGGGCAGAAUAUGAGAACGGAUUUGGAAAUGUCAAUAGCGAAUACUGGCUAGGAAACAAAUACAUCCACCGUCUAACGUCAACAGGAACAUAUGAGCUUAAAGUAGUUUUGACAGGCAGCAGUAAAUAUAUCAAAUCUGCCUUGUAUAGGACUUUCGUAGUAGGAAAUGAAGCAUCAAAGUACAAAUUGACUGUUGGAGAUUACAGUGGAACUGCAGGCGAUUCCUUAAAAUACCACAAUGGAAUGAAAUUCUCCACAACUGACCAAGAUAAUGACAAAAGUAGUGGAAAAUGUGUAACAAACGACGGACCUUGGUGGCAUAACAGUUGUAAACACAGCGGUCUUAACAUCAAAUUCAGCAGCGGUCUUUAUUGGGGUGGUUUCGAUACAAAGUGUACCAAAUCAGUUAUGAUGAUUAGAAGAAUAUACUAGCACAUUGUUCAUUAAAGCUUUUGAAAAUAG